ACACCAAACUACAAUCCUAGCUAUAUACAAGAUUUUCAAGUUUUUCCCACUCCAUUUUGCUAUGCCAGAGUGUAGUAUGCCUUCAUAUCUAUUUCUUGUUUGCUUCCAUUUGUUUCAAUUACUUAUCAUUCUUCAGUUAGCCCAAGGGGAAAGCAGUUCCCAGUCUAGCUGCCCCAAACAAUUCCCCUGCGGAAACCUUGUCAACGUGGGUUUUCCUUUCUCCAACGUUUCCAGACCCGAAUGUGGGCUGUACACCUUAGAUUGUAAUGCUACUCCAUAUCCAACAAUUACCUUGGGACAACACCAAUAUGGAGUUCGAUUCAUUGGGGAUAAUUUCAUGAAACUUUUUGACCCACUUCUUGGGAAACGAAUCUGCAACGUUUUCCACACAAGAAUCUCAUUUCCCAGCUCUCCUUCCAUUUCCUUUGACUUCAUGUUUGCCAUGGAAUUUUACAAAUGCAAUCAUAGCUCAUCAAAUGUUAGCAGCUUAGAGAAAAUUGAGCAUUAUUUCAGUGGAUACAAAAGCUAUAACAGCUGCCAAAACUUCACCUUGUACUAUACCCAGGAGGAGAAUGAUACUCUACCAGCUGCCAGUCUCCCCGCAGAGUGUUCGGUUAUUUACUUGCCGUUUGAUAGAUCAACCAGAGCCAUGGACUUGUUUGAGAAGUUAAAUUCUUCAAUGCUUUACCUACAAUGGAAGGUUUCUGAAGUUUGUACAAAGUGUCAUUAUGAUGAGGGGCAAUGUUUAACUGACACCCAUAACAAUUUUCAAUGUUUACAAGGGAAAACAAAGCCCUACAAGCGCUUUCUCAUCAUUACAGGUACCUAUCUUUAA